CCUGUCUGGGCUCCUUGGCCCAGUCUCAUUUUCUAAGCCUGGCCCUGUGCCUCUCUCUCAACUUCCCAGCUGUCUGGACCUUGAAUUUCUCAAAGCCUCUCCACUUUUCACCCCAUUACUUCUCAUUCACUGCUUCUCUCAUCAAGCCCUUAGUAUGUGCCAGGUUCUCUUCUAAACAACUGAUAUGAAUUAGUCUCAUUCAAUUCUCAACCACCAACCCUAUGAGUUCCACUUGACAGAUGAGAAAAUAGCCACAGGAAGAGUCAAUAACUAUAUAUACAAGGAGGUGAAGACAUCAACUCUGGAGGCAAUCCUAGAUCAUACAGUUACUAGCCACGUGACCUUGGGUAGUUUUUACUUUUUACCUCUCAGCCUCUACAUCUGUGAAACUAGAGGGGCUGGGGGGAUAUUAACACCAAUGUCAUGAGGCUCCUGUGAGGAUUAGUUACAACAUCAGAAUACACCCAGCACUACUAGGUGCUCAAUAGAUGAUCUUCCAGAUCCCUGUAUCAUCAACUCUCUUGGCCCAGUUCCACCCUAUCUGCUCCACUUUCUAGAUCAGUCACCCCCACCACCCCCAAGUCUUCCCCACCCCGGGCGUGUCACUUCCUCCUCUUGUAGCCUCCCAGAUCAGUACACAAAGGCUGCCGCUGCCGCUGGAGGAAAGGCUGCCCUGCUCGCACCUGCCAUGGUGGCUUUGUCAAUGGUUCUUGUUUUCCUGCUGGUUCUGAGCAGAAGUGAGAGUGAACUGGAUGCCAAGAUCUCAUCCCCAGGGGAGGCCACAGAAUGGGGUGAUCCUGAUCUGUCCCUGCUGGGAUCCUGCAAGCCAGCCCCAUCCUGCAAGAAGUGCAUCCUCUCACAUCCAAGCUGUGCAUGGUGCAAGCAACUGGUAAAAAUGGCGUCAGGGGAGGCGGAGGAGCGGCGCUGCGCCUCGCGUGAGGAGCUGCUGGCUCGGGGUUGCCCCUCAGGGGAGCUGGAAGAGCCCCACGGCCAGCAGGAGGUGCUGCAGGACCAGCCGCUCAGCCAGGGCUCCCGGGGCGGUGAGGGGGCCACUCAGCUGGCACCGCAGCGGGUGCGGGUCACGCUGCGUCCGGGGGAGCCCCAGCAGCUGCAGGUCCGCUUCCUCCGUGCCGAGGGGUACCCUGUGGACCUGUACUACCUUAUGGACCUGAGCUACUCCAUGAAGGACGACCUGGAGUUCGUGCGCCAGCUCGGGCACGCCCUGCUUGUGCGACUGCAGGAGGUCACCCAGUCCGUGCGCAUCGGCUUUGGCUCCUUCGUGGACAAGACGGUACUGCCCUUCGUGAGCACAGUGCCCUCCAAGCUUCGCCAUCCCUGCCCUACCCGACUGGAGCGCUGCCAGCCCCCCUUCAGCUUUCACCACGUGCUAUCCCUGACGGGGGAUGCCAAGGCCUUCGAGCGGGAGGUGGGGCGCCAGAGUGUGUCUGGCAACCUGGACUCACCUGAAGGUGGCUUUGAUGCCAUUCUACAGGCUGCACUCUGCCAGGAGCAGAUUGGCUGGAGAAAUGUGUCUCGGCUGCUGGUGUUCACUUCAGAUGACACGUUCCACACAGCCGGGGAUGGAAAGUUGGGUGGCAUUUUCAUGCCCAGUGAUGGGCAUUGCCACUUGGACAGCAAUGGCCUCUAUAGUCGCAGCCCAGAGUUUGACUACCCCUCUGUGGGUCAGGUAGCCCAGGCUCUCUCUGCAGCAAACAUCCAGCCCAUUUUUGCUGUCACCAGUGCCACACUGCCUGUCUACCAGGAGCUGAGUAAGCUGAUCCCUAAGUCCGCAGUGGGGGAGCUGAGUGAGAACUCCAGCAAUGUGGUACAGCUCAUCAUGGACGCUUAUAAUAGUCUGUCAUCCACUGUGACCCUCGAACACUCUCCACUCCCUCCGGGGGUCCACAUCUCUUAUGAAUCUCAGUGUGGGGGUCCUGAGAAGAGGGCUGGUGAGCCUGGGGACCGGGGCCAGUGCAACCAUGUCCGAAUCAACCAGACGGUGAAUUUUUUGGUUACUUUCCAAGCUACCCGCUGCCUCCCAGGGCCCCAUUUUCUGAAGUUCCGAGCUCUUGGCUUCUCAGAGGAGCUGACUGUGGAGUUGCACACACUGUGCGAUUGCAACUGCAAUGACACCCAGCUCCCAGCGCCCCACUGCAGUGACCACGGGCACCUACAAUGCGGGAUGUGCAGCUGUGACCCAGGCCGCCUGGGUCGACUCUGUGAGUGCUCUGAGUCUGAGCUGUCCUCCCCAGAUCUGGAAUCUGGGUGCCGGGGCCCCAAUGGGACAGGGCCCCUGUGCAGCGGGAAGGGACGAUGCCAGUGUGGACGCUGCAGCUGCAGCGGACAGAGCUCUGGGCGCCUGUGCGAGUGUGACGAUGCCAGCUGUGAGCGACACGAGGGCAUCCUCUGUGGAGGCUUUGGACUCUGCCAAUGUGGCGUGUGUCACUGUCACGCCAACCGCACGGGCAGAGCAUGUGAGUGCAGUGGGGACGUGGAUGGCUGCGUCGGUCCUGAGGGAAGGCUCUGCAGUGGGCAUGGACAUUGCAAGUGCAACCGCUGCCAGUGCUUGGACGGCUACUACGGUGCCCUAUGUGAUCAGUGCCCAGGCUGCAAGACACCAUGCGAGACACACAGGGAUUGUGCCGAGUGUGGGGCCUUUGGGACUGGUGUCCUGGCCACCAAUUGCAGCACGGCUUGUGCCCAUACCAACGUGACUCUGGCUGUGGCCCCUAUGCUGGAUGACGGCUGGUGCAAAGAGAGGACCCUGGACAACCAGCUGUUCUUCUUCCUGGUGGAGGAGGAAGCCGGAGGCAGGGUCAUGCUGAGAGUAAGACCCCAAGAGAAGGGAGCAGACCACACCCAGGCCAUUGUGCUAGGCUGUGUGGGGGGCAUUGUGGCAGUGGGACUGGGGCUGGUCCUGGCUUAUCGGCUCUCCGUGGAAAUCUAUGACCGCCGAGAAUACAAGCGCUUUGAGAAGGAGCAGCAGCAGCCCAACUGGAAGCAGGACAGAAAUCCUCUCUACAAAAGCGCCGUCACGACCAUCAUUAACCCCCGCUUUCAAGCCCCAGAAAGUCCUCUCUGAAGAGGGUAGGGCUACUCACUCCAGGGUUCUUCUUGCUGGGGGGAUGGUGGGAACUGGGGCUCUGGGUCUAUCAGGCAGCAGCCUGCUGGGGGACUAAUCACCGCCUACUGUACUUGGACACCCCAGAGGCCGGCCUCCUGCCGCACCCUUGCUUCCCCACCCAAGAGUUGCCCCAUCCACAAAUACAAUAAAGAAUCUUCAGAUUACAGAUCACUUUAACAAA